AUGCCUUCUUCGACACAAAAAGUUUGGUGUCUCCUGUCUGCGCUAAGCUUCCUCUCUCUUGUCCAUUCCUCCGGUGACUCUCUCAACGUCGAUCUGGAGGUGGUCACCAACGUGGACUUGAGAAAUCUUGGGGUCGAAGGUUUGGACAUUCAUGCUGGAAAAUAUUCCUUGACUGUCGAUGCGUCUUGUCAAUAUACUCUGCAAGUAGACUUUAAGGAACAUUCCAGCGAUUCUUUGGUGGAUGUUCCCAAUCGUCACAACUUCCAAGGCGACUGCGAUAAGGUUCUCGGAACCUUUUUGCAUCAGCACAAUCGCAACUGGAUGCAAUUCAAACAAUACGUCCAAGAUACCACUGGAUUUGAUCACAUGUCCUUGUAUCCACGUCCUUGUGGUAUGGAACCGCUAGGCAGAAGACAACCUCGGUACGAUGUCAACUUCUACACGGCGGAUUCGCACCAUCGAGCCAUGUGGGUCUGCCGUACUUUUGAUCGUCCGGAGCAGUGCGAAUUCAACCAACCCAACUUUUUGGGGCGGGGUCACUUCACCAUUCCACGAUUGGCGCAGGAUCCAGACAUUAUUGCCAAUACUCCUGCGAAUUUUACCUAUGACCCGGACCGGCCACAAGCCUUGGAGUUUGAAGGUUUGAUUGUAACAAACAGUCUCACAGUGCCAGAGACACCCACCGAUAUGAAGACGCCGGAAAUUGAAAUGAGUACCUAUGAUGGGGAUACAGUAUCCUUCCGGGUGGUGGUUCCCUACAAGUUGGUCACUGGGGACACUAGUGGAUCGUAUUCAGGAACGGUUCAGUACGAGUAUCAGAACAUGAUGCAGCUCCCCGGUAGCUGGAGCGUAAACUACAAUGCCCCCUCCAGUCUUAUUUCUGUUGUUGUCAAGGGCAAAGGUAAAUUAUGCGGUGCCGAGUUUGAUGAAGCCAAACAAGCACAAGAAUCGGGGUAG